AAAAUUACGGACGCGUGAACAAAUUUCAUCCGGCCGGAAUGAGUUGUCGUUCCACCGUCGACAAUGCCGGUCCGAUCGUUUAACAUUCAAGAUCUACUCGAUUACGAUCCUAAUAACGACGAUUGCGUUAGCAGCCAAACAAGAUCCGCCAAGCGAGAAAAGGAAUCCGGUCGUAAAGAGACGGAAGAGACGGACGUGACCGUCAUCAUCGACGUCGAAAACCAUCACCAGGAUAAAGUGUUACUUCACAAGGACGAAAAUGGCAUCGACCGGAAGAACAAAAAAGAUCGAAUCCACAAUUCAGAAGUUCCAUUGCCGAUUUACAUCCGAGCCGAUGCGAAAUUCUGCGGUUCGUGGCCACCAAAGAGACGCAUCCGCACCGUCUUCACAGUCGGUCAGAUUAAUCAACUUGAGAAGCGGUUCCAGACACAACACUACUUGACGGCGGGAGAACGGAUCGACUUGGCACGCCACCUAAAUUUGUCCGUCUUGCAGGUCAAAACGUGGUUUCAGAAUCGCCGGAUGAAAUGGAAGAAGAGCAGCGCCGCUUGAAUCCAUCCUCACACAAAAACUCAUUUGAUUUAUUUCUGUCGUGACUUUUGGUUGAGCAACACGGUAUCUAAAGAUCUUCAUAAAUAAAUAAACAUGUCGACUACUACUACUACAACUAUUGUCGGCGUCUAGUGCAGCGUAUAAUAAUGCCGAGUUGAAAACCAAAAAACAAAAACGGAAAACAGAAGAUUACUUCAUGAAUCCAUGAUGAACUCAAAUCAUAAUAAUUUAUUUAUAAAAUAACAAAGUUUAGGGGGGCAGGUGCUGCAUCUGUUGAUGCGUUUCAAGAGUCGCCGGUGGAAUAGAUCACGCGGUAACGAGUCACGACGGGAACUAAUUGCGCGCCCAGCGCGUCAUUUGUAUAUAGUGCGUGUGCACACUUGUUAAUUUCUAAAAAUAAAUAAACGCUAGAAGAUUUUCCGAGCUGUUCUCCGCGUAUCAAGUUAAUAAGGAACAAAUUAUAAUUCACCGAAAAUCUCUUUCGCCCAUAAUCUACACGCGAGUCCAUUGAAAUGACGUGCAGUGUAACACCACGUAGACUAGAUAAUUCAUCACGGUAGUAAGCGAUAUAUUUAUAUAUACGAUCAGAA